AUAAAAGCAAGCUUGUCUUUAACAUUCUCUACUCCUGCUUCUUUUUCUUCUCUCCCUCUCUCUCUCUCUUGUUUUUAUUUUUUUUAUCCUUUUCUCUUUUUCCUUCUUUUGUUGGGUCCCUCAGUCUGCAAAACCCAGCAAACACCCAACUGGGUUAUUAUUAAAUCUUCCCCAACCAGCAAACACAAUCCUCCUCACACGCUCAUUUUUCCUUUCGAAACCCCCCUUCUGCUUUUUAUUUCUCUUCCAUAUAUCCUAUGGCUCAGUCGAUAGACGACGCCGAGUUUUGGCUUCCGUCGCAGUUUCUCCCUGACGACUUCUUCCUCGUGGAUAAAGAAAACUUCAAUAGCAACAGUACUACUACUACAGCAGUUGGGUCUGGUUUUGGGAUACGGUUUCCCACUGAGUUCCCUUACGAGUUCGAAUCGUUCAACUCUAAGUCAGCUCGCAGCUCUCCUGUUGAUUCAGCUGUGGGUUUGACGGAAACUGAGAGCAGCGACGAGGAAGACUUCCUUUUCGGGUUGACUCGUCGUCUCGCUCAGUCCGCGCUUCACGAGACUCAGAAACUCGCCGUGCCAAGCGUAGGCCAACACAAACCAGAGAUGGUGAUGUCCGGGUCGCCCCAGUCGACACUGAGUGGAAUCGGAAGCUGGUCGGGUCGGAGUACGAUUUCAAGCAAUGGAAGCCCAAACGGUCCUUCCCAAGUUCCCUCACCCCCAACGACACCGUUCGGAGCUAAUGAUGACACGUGGGAUCUGAUAUCUGCAGCGGCUGGACAGGUCGCGAGGUUGAAGAUGAGUGGUGGUGAAGGAACCAAGUUCAGCAACCAUGGCAGGGGACUUCUAGGUCCUCCUCGCAGUCCCAAUCCUCGUGUGAGAAACCCCAACUGUGCUGGACUCUACACAAACCAUGGCCUUACUCAGAAUCUGCCACAGCUUCAGCAUGUGAGACCGGAGCAAGCACUGAAAUCACAGUCCACCGGCGGCGCGUGGGGAAGACACGCCAAGGCUGGUUGGCCAGCUCAGCAGCCACAAGAACAUCAACAGCAGCAGCUGAUCCAGAGCAGAGUGAGAAAUAGUAGUAGUUAUGUUGGGCAUGAAAUUGGGCGUAGUGGGCAUCCUGUGAAUUUGGCCCAAUCUGCAGCUUUGCGUUCUUCUGUGCAUGGACAACAUCUAAAGCAACAGCCUCACUACAUUGAACCUCCAAUGCGCACCGUUUUGCUCGGUGGAUCUGGCUUGAAAAAGGAAUGCGCUGGUACCGGAGUCUUCUUGCCUCGCAGAUAUGGAAACCCGCCUGAGUCUCGAAAGAAAACAGCUGGUUGUCCUACGGUUCUUCUUCCAGCAAAAGUUGUUCAAGCUCUCAACUUGAGCUUUGAUAUGGUGAAUAAUGGUCAUUCUUAUCCCCACUUCAGCAAUGGGUUCGCUCCAGACCAUGAGGCUUUAGUGGCUAGAAGAAAUGCUCUAUUGGCGCAGCAAAGGAGGAGUUCAAGGCCAGAAGGUCCACUGAAUCAUGAUGUUCGUCUGCCUCAGGAAUGGACAUACUGAUUCAAACCCAGACUGUAGUUUCAAUUUUAAGAUGGAAAAAAAAAAAUAUAUAUAUAUAUAUAUAUAUAAAUAUAUUUAUAAGGAAAUUAUAAAUUAAUUCUAAGCCUAAAAGUUUCUUAUAGGGAAGGAUGGUAUUUGGUUUCUAAUACAGAAUGAAAUUCAAGUAUGUGAAUGUAGUUUAGGACAAUAAGAAAAUCCAGGUUUUUUUGGAAGGAUGUUUGCAGCUUUAAUGGUCUUCAUAAAGCUUUAGCUGAAGGAAGGAUACUAAUGGUAGGAAAAAGGAGUUCUUUUGUUGUAAUAAAGGGGCAAAUUUUCUUUGGAUGUUUGAUGGGGGCAAAAAGGGAUGGGAAAUGUUGAUUUGGGACAUUUGUUUUUUGUUUUCUCUUAUUUUGAUAUAUGGGUAAAACGGACCGAACUCAAAGCAAACCCUCUGUAAUUUUCCCAUUGGGAAGGUAAUCUCUAAUAAGAAAGUGUUAAAAGAUUAUGUUAUUAUGUUAAA